AUGUCAAAUUUAAAUGAUUUUGAAAAUUUAAAAAAUUUAUCGACGCCAACCCCACCAUCUUUUAUUGAAGAUAAAGUUAAAAAUAACAAUGAUAAUCAUAAUAUUAAUCUAAACGUGUUUGAUUUCCAUAACAAGGAUGAUUUAGAUAGUUCAACAAAUUAUUCUUCAAAUUCUUUUCUUCAAGAUUUAAAUUUUAAAAAAUUAUAUGAAUGUUCAAAUAAUAGUAGUAGUAUUAAUAAGAAUAAAGAUUAUACGGAGUCAAAUGUUGAUGCAAUGACAUCUAAUUUAUAUCAUAAAGUAAACUCGCUAUCAUCUACAUCGUCAGAUCCAAAUCAAACUCAUAAUAUGAGUAAAGUUUCUUCAUCUAAAUCAUUACAUCUUAUUCCAGUCAAAGAAACUAAUCGUGUUUUAUUGGAAUAUGAUCCUAUAACAAAAAGAAAAGUUUUAAAUAGUUAUGAAAUUAUAAGAGAAAUUGGAAGAGGUGAACAUGGUAAGGUAAAAUUGGCCAAAGAUUUAAUUCAAAAUGAUCUUGUUGCUAUUAAAAUUGUAAAUCGUAAAUCUAGAAAGGAAAGACCUGCUUUAAAAAUGAGAAGAAACUCAAAAGAACCAAUUAUAAAUGAAUAUGAGCUUAAAAUUAAAAGAGAAAUUGCCAUUAUGAAAAAAUGUAGACAUAAACAUAUAGUAGCUUUAAGAGAGGUAUUAGAUGAUGUAAAUUCUUUUAAAAUUUACUUGAUACUUGAAUAUUUAGAAAAGGGUGAAAUAAAAUGGAAGAAAUUUCAAAAUGAUUAUGAUUAUGAUUUUAAUGAAAAUGAACAGUGUAGUCAACUUAAAAAUGAUAUUGAAAUACCUUGUUGUGGGAGUAAUAGUGGUCCUCGUCAACCUCAUCAUCGACUAUCAAAUGAUGGAGACUUAUUAUCAAAUGAAUUUUCUCCUAAUUUAACUUUCAAACAAUCAAGAAAAAUAUUUAGGGAUGUUUUAUUGGGGUUAGAAUAUCUUCAUAAACAAGGAAUUGUUCAUCGUGAUAUAAAACCAGCAAAUUUGUUAGUUUCUUUUGAUAAUGUUGUAAAAAUUAGUGAUUUUGGAGUUUCAUUUGCUUCUUCCUUAAGUGAAAAUGAACUAGGUCAUUUAGUGAACGAAUUAGAUUUAAAUAAAACUGCUGGAACGCCGGCUUUUUUUGCACCAGAAUUAUGUAAAUUAGGAGAUGAUUGCAAUUCAUCUAGAGAAUCCAUCGAAGGUGCUAUUAAAUCUAGAAACAUUGAUUAUAAAAUUGAUAUUUGGGCACUUGGUAUUACAUUAUAUUGUUUGUUAUUUGGUAAAGUCCCAUUUAACGCAGAAUCUGAAUUUGAAUUAUUUCAAGUAAUUAAUAAUCAAAAAUUAGAAUUUCCAAAAGACAUUAAUUCAUUUAAUUCACCAAGUAUUGUUACUGAAGAAGAAUUUGAUUUAGCAAAAGAUUUACUUGAUAAGAUGUUGGAUAAAAAUCCUAAAUCAAGAAUUGAAAUAAUGGAUAUUAAAGAACAUCCUUUUACUUUAAUGGAUCUUGACAAUGAUUUUGAAAGUUUAAAUGAUUUAUUUAAUUUGAAUAAUAAUUACCCGGAAGAAAUGAUCAAUUUGAAUUUAGAAGAACAAGAUAUUGUCACAAAAGAUGAAAUUGAAAAUGCUAUAAUUGGAGUAGGUGCAAGAAUAAAAAGAAGUUUAGUCAAAGCUAUACGUGCAGGUGGAUUAAAAGAUUCAGAUAUUAGGAAUAGAUUUGCUGGUUUGAAAUUGCUGAAAUCAAGAAGUGAAUCAAGUGAAGAAUCUUCAGGUAACUCCUCAAUUACCAAUUUGAAUAUGCAUAAUCAUAACAAUCAUUCAAUGAUAUUAUCAGAAGGUAUAACCACAUUUAAUAAACCUUCACCAAGUUUGUUAUUAAAAACACAAGAUCAAUAUCAACCUCACAUUCCAUCCGCAUUAUCACAACAACUACUGAACUCUUCAGCAACGAAUUCGCCUACUGCAUUCCAAAAUUUUCCUGGUAUAAGAGAAGGCAAAAGCUUAUUACAAGAUAUGAUUGAUUCUAAUAGUAAUAAUUCUAGUAGGCGUGGAAGUUCCGCUGGUAUUGUUCUUUCAGAAGUGCCUCAAAUUGAAACUAAAAGAAAUGUUGGUGGAGAUUUAUAUUUAAAAAAUCAAUCAGCAGUUCAAACAUUUAAAGGGAUUCAAGAGCAAGACGAUAAACGUAGAAGAUCUAGUCUUUUUUCCAUUAGUUCACAAACAGCAACCCAAUCUAACAAAGGAUCUAUUUCAGGUGAAGUUUCUCAUGUACCUCAUCAAUUAUCAAAAGAAUAUACAGCAUCACCAGAGCUGCAAUCCAAGUUAGUUUCACCUAUGCCUGUACCUAGCCACAAAUCAAUUAAUAACACCAUACUAAAUACUUUUACGAGUCCCGAAAUAGACAUAAAUCUAAAAAACAUAAAUGAAAACUCCGAAAGUUAUAAAAAUCUACAUAAAAGUAAUAAAAAUAUUUUAAUCAAAUCAAAUGAUAGUUCUGCCUCAAAACCAUCUUUAAAAAUAGGGCCUAUCAAUCUGAAAAUUCGAAACAAUAUCAAUUUUGAAGAAGAUAAAGAAUCAUCAUAUAUAUCAUUACCAUUAAGUGAGAGUUUUGCUUCCUUGGAUAGUAUUAAUGAUGAUUAUUUAAAAUUAAAAUACGAGGAAUUUUUAAAAGAUCUGACAAAGAAGGGAGGUUUCAAAGGACCAUAUAUUGGACUUAGAAGAAAAUCAAGUCUUUCUGAAUCGGAUGUAUCCAAAGUUAAUAAGCCUAAUGGAUUUUCCAAUAAUUUCAAAAAUUUCAACUUUGGAAAUUCAAUGAGAUCAAAAUCAAAUGAUAAUCCACCUGUGUAUGAAGGAAUUGCACCAAAAGCAAUUAUUUCAAAACCAUCCAGUUCUCUGAGCUGUUUAUCAUAUUCGUCAUAUAGUUCAUCAUUGAAUCAAGAGGAUAAUGAGGAUGAAUCUGAAGAGGAAAAUUUGACACUUGCAUUUCAUUCAAAAAUAUCACCAAUUUCGAGACCAAAUUUUUUAACCUUAGCAGGUAGAGCUAAAUCACAUGAUUCAAAUCUUCCAUAUUUUACCAAAAAUAAUGAACUUACUCCUGUUAUAUUUCAUGAUGGUCCAACUGAGUUUGAGGAUGUACCUUAUGAACUAAUCAAAAAUACUCUUGCUGGGAAAGCUGAAACUAAUGCAAUCAAUAAUUUGACUUUAAACCUUGAUUCAAAAUUAGAUAAUGAUAAAUUGAAAGGUAUAUCGAAAGAUAAAGUUACUCAUAAUCAACAAGGGUCCACUAAUUUAACACCUAGUAGACUUGUAAGAGAAAACAUAUUCAAUAAUCAAUUUAACAAUCAUUAUAAAAAAGCCCCUGUUUAUUCUCCAUUUCCAAGAUCAAAACAUUUAGAUAAUGAUAAAGAUACAAUUGAUAAAAUAUCAGAUGAGAAAUAUAGAGAAAAUCGUCCAUCAUAUUUUCGAUCUAAUUCUGUAUCUGUUGGAAUACUUCAACAUGAAAUAACAAAUUCAAUUAAUGAUGAAUAA